GAAGUAGUGCUUGCGACCUGGGCGAGGCGUGGCGUCGCACCAUGGCAUGUGGGGGAGUGAAGCGGAGGCCCUGACCAAAGGUACAAAGUCUCGACUGGCGAACGGCUUCGGGUCCCCUUGGGAUACUUCCUUUGCCUCUGCAUCCAUCGCUGCACGCUGUCCAGACUGCAUCGUGCCCCCAUCUACUAAACACCCGCACUCGAUCUCACGCCACGCCCACAGUCUCGCCCGCCCGCCAGCCCGCCAUGAUCGACUCGUACUUUGACGUCCUCAUCAUCGGCAGCGGCAUCAGCGGCAUCAACGCCGCCUACCGCCUGCAAGAGUCGCUGCCAGACACCAAAUACGCCAUUCUCGAAGCCCGCCACGAGCUCGGCGGCACGUGGUCGCAGUUCAACUACCCCGGCGUGCGCUCCGACACGGAUCUGCACACGUUCGGCUUCCCAUUCUAUCCAUGGCGCUCGCCCAACCCCAUUGCGAGGGGAGACAAAAUCCGGAGCUAUCUGCAGGAGACGGCCGAAACGUUUGGCAUUGACAAGAAGAUCCGGUACCACCACCGUGUUCUGGCGGCCGACUGGAGGAGCGAAGAGCAGCGCUGGAGACUGCAUGUACAAAUUGCCAGCCAUGUCGGUAGAGAGCCGCGGACAGUCGUCCUCUGGACCAAGUGGCUGAUUACCGGCACCGGAUACUACAACUACCAAGAGCCCCUGAAUGCAAACAUUCCGGGCAUCGACAGCUUCCAAGGAAAGGUCGUACACCCCCAGUUCUGGCCCAACGACCUUGACUACAAGGGCAAAAAGAUGGUCAUUGUGGGUUCAGGCGCAACAACCAUUACCCUGUUACCUGCGCUGGUCGACGGCGGCGCCGCAAGCGUAACACAGCUACAGAGGAGCCCAAGCUACAUCUUGAGCGUCCCGCAAAACGACGAAGCAUGGUUCGAGAAGUGGGUUCCAGAGUGGUUUACUCUGCAAUACAAGCGCUUCAUCUUCACCCUCACGCCCUUUAUUCUCUACGCAAUCUGCAUGUGGUUUCCCUCGUUUGCGUCUUCGUUGCUCAUCAAAAAAGCUGCCCAGGAUCUCCCACCCGACUUUCCCAUGGACCCGCACUUUAAGCCCGGCUACAACCCCUGGCAACAGCGCAUGUGCCUAUGUCCCGACGGCGACUACUUCAAGGCCUUUAGCUCAGGCAAAGCACACAUUGUCACCGACACCAUCAAGAGCGUUGUUGCCGACGGCAUCGAGCUCAACGGCGGCCAAAAACUCGACGCAGACAUCAUCAUCACCGCCACCGGCCUCAACAUGCGCUUCCUCGGCGGCAUGGAAACCACCAUUGACGGAAAACAGAUAGACCUCCCUUCGCAGUACAUGUGGCGCGGCUGCAUGUUUACUUCGUUCCCCAAUCUCGGCAACAUCCUCGGGUACUGGAAUGCCUCGUGGACGCUGGGCUCAGACGUCUCGUCUCGCCUCUUUGUCCGCCUCAUCAAGCACCAGCAGCAACACGGAUAUACCAGCGUGGUGCCCGUCAUUAGCGACGCCGAGAAGACCAAGACCAUCGCGGCUUCUCCGCUCAACAGCACUUAUGUCCGCAUGGCCCUGGGCAAACUGCCUCGGUGCACGGAAUCGGGACCAUGGAGACCGAGGGAGAACUGGUUCAAGGAUAGAUGGGGCGUUACCAUGGGGAGCCUGGAUGAUGGCUUGAAAUGGGACAAGGUGGCUGUUGAGUAGUGGUUGAAGCGUAAUGAGGAGGCCAUGCGUCGUUUUUGUUAUACCUUCUCCUUAUGGCAUUUUAAUUCGCUCCGCAAACUCAUCUUCCAAUCAGGUCCCAAUGCAAACAUGACAUUGGCGAUUGUUCGUGCUGCUUUGUUUUUCCCUCUUUACAUACAUGACC